AUGGCAUCUCUCGUCAGGGCGGCGGCGUGCCACGCCUCACCCGUAUUCCUGUCUGCAAGAGCAACAACAGACAAAGCACUCUCUUUGAUUCACCAAGCAGCAAAGAACAAGGCCAAUAUUGUCGUCUUCCCGGAGACUUACAUACCUGCCUUCCCCGUAUGGAGCGCUCUGCGACCUCCGACCGAAAAUCACGACCUAUUCCGCCGCAUGGCUCUCGAAUCCGUUCUCGCAGACGGAGAGGAGGUCCAAGCCAUCCGGGCUACUGCAAAGCAGACUGGAACCAUCGUCAGCAUGGGAAUAUCGGAAAGAGUCCACUCGAGCAGCGCUACGCUGUAUAAUUCUAACCUGCUCAUCGGAAGCAACGGGGACAUUCUCGUCCAUCACCGGAAACUUGUGCCGACCUUUUUCGAGAAGCUGACCUGGAGCAACGGUGACGGUCACGGUUUGAGAGUUUCGGAGACAGCCUUCGGGAAGAUAGGGAAUCUCAUCUGCGGCGAAAAUACCAACUCGCUGGCUCGUUAUGCCCUGAUGGCACAAGGCGAACAGAUUCAUAUUUCCACGUGGCCUGCAGUAUGGCCUACUAGACCGUUGAAAUCAGUCCCAUCAAGCGUUUCAGGUGGGCCCGGAAGUCAAGAUGACAAGAAUUCGAAUGGGACUUCGUCGACCUCAAGAAACUACGAUAAUGUUUCCGCUAACAAAACACGUGCUGCCGCGCAUUGCUUCGAAGCAAAAUGCUACGGUAUAGUGUGCGCUGGCGUGCUUGAGAAUGAAGCCAUCAAGAUUAUCGCCGAAGGUGCCGAAGAUCCAGAUAGAGUUUCCCAAAUCAUGAGGGAUUCACAGAGGGGUAUCAGCAUGUUUUUCGACCCUACAGGGGCGCCCAUUCAAGGGUUCACGGUCAAUAGCGCCAACGGUGAAAUGGAAGCGAGGGAAUUCUUACAAAAGGAAGAAGGAAUCUUGUAUGCGGACUUCCACCUGGAGGAAUGCAUCGAGGGGAAACAGUAUCACGACGUAGCUGGGGGUUAUCAGAGGCUGGACGUCUUCGAGCUUAGGGUGAACCGUCACCGGAAGAGCCCUGCAGUAUUCUCGGAUAGCAGCGUGCAUGGGAAGACUUUAGACACUCGGCCUAUAGCUCAGACAACAGAAGCGGGCGAUUAA